CGUGAGGGGGAGCGGCGUGGGGGCGGUCCCUGUGCCCUGCCCCGCCCGCCGGUUAAAGUGCCUGGGCGCCGGGACAGCCCUUGUCGGUAGCCGGACGGCGUGCGAGCGGUGUGUUUUAUCUGGUUCCCCUCCGCCAAAGUGCUUGUGGUGGUGCCGGUGCCGGGCAUGAGGGGCCGUGGGGCGCCGCGCCGCAGUGGCGGCGGCGGCGAGCACAUGGCAUAGCCGAGGUCGGCGGCGAGCGCCGGGCCAGGGUAACGGCGGUCUGGUGGGGCGAGCGUUGCUCUCUGCAUGUGGAAAGUGAGGCGAGCCAGGGAGCCCGGCGGCACCGGAGAGCACCGGUCGGCGCGGUCCUGAGUGCCCGGGCAGCGGCGGCGGCGCCAGCCCGCCAUGGAUUGCAGCCUCCUCCGGACCCUCGUGAGCCGAUACUGUGCUGGAGAAGAGAAUUGGGUGGACAGUCGAACUAUUUAUGUUGGGCAUCGUGAACCACCUCCAGGCACCGAAGCAUACAUUCCACAGAGAUUUCCAGAUAACCGAAUAGUCUCAUCAAAGUACACAUUUUGGAACUUUGUACCAAAAAAUUUGUUUGAGCAGUUCAGAAGAAUAGCUAACUUCUAUUUUCUCAUCAUUUUCCUUGUUCAGUUAAUCAUUGAUACACCUACUAGUCCAGUUACAAGUGGACUUCCACUUUUAUUUGUCAUCACUGUAACAGCUAUAAAACAGGGUUAUGAAGAUUGGCUUCGACAUAAAGCUGACAAUGCAAUGAACCAAUACCCUGUUCAUUUCAUUCAACACGGUAAACUGGUUAGAAAGCAAAGCCGAAAAUUAAGAGUUGGAGAUAUUGUAAUGGUAAAAGAAGAUGAAACAUUCCCAUGUGACUUAAUAUUUCUGUCAAGUAGUAGAGAAGAUGGAACGUGCUUUGUUACAACAGCUAGUUUGGAUGGUGAAUCCAGCCAUAAAACUCACUAUGCUGUUCAAGAUACAAAGGCAUUUCACAAUGAACAAGAAAUGGAUGCACUACAUGCUACCAUUGAAUGUGAACAACCUCAGCCUGACCUUUAUAAAUUUGUUGGUCGAAUAAAUGUUUACCAUGAUAGGAAUGAGCCUACUGCAAGGCCAUUAGGAUCUGAAAAUCUGCUUCUUAGAGGAGCCACUUUAAAGAAUACAGAAAAAAUCUUUGGUGUUGCUAUCUACACUGGCAUGGAAACUAAGAUGGCAUUAAAUUAUCAGGCAAAAUCACAGAAACGAUCUGCUGUAGAAAAAUCAAUGAAUGUAUUCCUUAUUGUAUACCUCUGUAUUCUCAUCAGUAAAGCACUAAUAAAUACUGUCCUGAAGUAUGUCUGGCAGAGUGAGCCAUUUCGUGAUGAACCAUGGUAUAAUCAGAAAACGGAGCCAGAAAGGAAAAGAAAUUUGUUUCUUCGAGCGUUUACAGAUUUCCUUGCAUUCAUGGUUCUUUUCAACUACAUUAUUCCUGUAUCCAUGUAUGUCACUGUGGAAAUGCAGAAAUUUCUUGGUUCUUACUUCCUUACAUGGGAUGAGGAAGUGUUUGAUGAGGACACAGGUGAAGGACCACUGGUGAAUACUUCUGACCUCAAUGAAGAGCUGGGACAGAUUGAGUAUGUCUUCACAGAUAAAACAGGAACGUUAACUGAGAACAACAUGGAAUUUGUAGAAUGUUGCAUUGAAGGGCACGUUUAUGUGCCGCAUGUUAUCUGCAAUGGCCAAAUUCUCCAUGAUUGUACAGGCAUUGAUAUGAUUGAUUCUUCUCCAGGAGGAAGUGGAAAGGAGAGAGAGGAGCUAUUUUUCCGAGCUCUUUGUCUUUGCCACACUGUCCAGGUGAAAGAUGAUGACAGUGUAGAUGGAUUGAAGAAAAGCCAGCUCUCAAGAAGAUCUUGCAUAUAUAUAUCAUCAUCACCAGAUGAAGUUGCUCUAGUUGAGGGAAUACAGAGGCUUGGUUACACCUAUCUAAGGCUGAAGGACAAUUUUAUGGAGAUCGUAAAUCGGGAAAAUAACAUAGAGAAGUUUGAAUUAUUAGAGGUUUUGAGUUUUGAUUCUGUGAGACGGCGAAUGAGUGUAAUUGUUAGAUCUUCAACAGGUCAUAUAUUUCUGUUUUGUAAGGGAGCAGAUUCUUCCAUAUUUCCUAGAGUUAAGGAAGGCAAAAUUGACCAAAUACGAUCCAGAGUUGAACGCAAUGCAGUGGAGGGACUGCGAACAUUAUGUGUUGCAUAUAAAGAGCUCACAGCAGAAGAAUAUAGCAAAGUACAGAAGCUGCUUCAGAAUGCAAAGUUGGCCCUCCAGGACCGAGAAAAGAAACUGGCAGAAGUGUAUGAGAAGAUAGAAAGAGAUUUUAUUUUACUUGGUGCUACAGCUGUUGAAGAUCGACUACAGGAAAAAGCUGCUGACACUAUUGAAGCACUCCAGAAAGCUGGAAUUAAAGUUUGGGUUCUGACAGGAGACAAAAUGGAGACUGCUGCAGCUACUUGCUAUGCUUGCAAACUCUUCCGGAGAAAUACACAAAUACUUGAGCUAACCACAAAGAAAAUUGAGGAACAGAGUUUACACGAUGUGCUUUUUGACCUAAGCAAAACUGUCCUAAGACACAGUGGCAGCUUAACCAGGGAUACUUUCUCAGGACUUUCAACUGAUAUGCAAGAUUAUGGUUUAAUUAUUGAUGGAGCAGCAUUAUCAUUAAUAAUGAAACCACGACAAGAUGGGAGCUCUGGUAACUACAGAGAGCUCUUUCUUGAAAUUUGCAGGAACUGCAGUGCAGUGUUAUGCUGUCGAAUGGCACCUCUACAAAAAGCACAGAUUGUGAAAUUGAUUAAGUUAUCAAAGGAGCAUCCUAUUACAUUAGCAAUUGGUGAUGGAGCAAAUGAUGUCAGUAUGAUUCUAGAAGCACAUGUUGGCAUAGGAAUCAUUGGCAAAGAAGGUCGUCAAGCAGCAAGAAACAGUGACUAUGCAAUACCUAAAUUUAAACAUUUGAAAAAAAUGUUGCUUGUUCAUGGGCAUUUUUAUUAUGUUAGGAUAUCUGAACUUGUGCAAUACUUCUUUUAUAAGAAUGUCUGCUUCAUUUUUCCUCAGUUUUUAUAUCAGUUCUUCUGUGGGUUUUCACAACAGACUUUAUACGAUACUGCGUAUCUAACAUUGUACAAUAUCAGCUUCACUUCCCUUCCUAUCCUCUUUUACGGUCUAAUGGAGCAACAUGUCAGUGCAGACACACUCAAGAGAGAACCUUCGCUGUACAGAGAUGUUGCCAAGAAUGCUUUGCUGCGCUGGCGUGCAUUUAUUUAUUGGACAUUCCUAGGAGUGUUUGAUGCUGUGGUAUUUUUCUUUGGUGCCUAUUUAUUGUAUGACAACACAGUUGUGACCAGCAAUGGACAGCUAAUGACAACCAGCACUCACAUGAUGUUUGGAAACUGGACCUUUGGAACACUGGUGUUCACUGUGCUUGUAUUCACGGUUACAUUGAAGCUUGCACUAGAUACACACUAUUGGACGUGGAUAAAUCACUUCAUGAUCUGGGGAUCACUGGUAUUCUACGUUGUCUUUUCUCUGCUCUGGGGAGGAAUUAUUUGGCCUUUUCUCAAUUAUCAGAGGAUGUAUUACGUGUUCAUGCAAAUGCUGUCUAGUGGUCCUGCGUGGCUGGGUAUAAUUCUGCUCAUAACUGUCAGCCUUCUUCCAGAUGUUCUCAAGAAGGUCUUAUGCAGACAGUUGUGGCCUACAGCAACAGAAAGAAUCCAGGAUGCAUCGAGGCACUGUCAGGAGCACAUCUCAGAGUUCACACCUCUUGCCUGUCUGAAAAGCCCAAGAUACAGGAGCAGUGACUGCAGCAGUUCCCCAGCAAGAAGGUCUAAUUCUCAUUCUAAAAAAAUGAUGUUUACGCACUGGAGAGGCAUUGAUUAUUCAGUACUUCCAUCUGUCUUUGGCUAUUCAAAUAGGCAUUGCCGUCCCAGUGCAGGCUACCGCUACAGUGGGUCAGGUUUGGAAACGUCCGUAUGACAGAACACCAAGUCAAGCCUUUAAAAACUGUUUAUUUCUUUUUUCAGGAAACAAACAUGUCACAGAAAUAUAUUAAACUAUACGUGGCUUUUGCAGUCUGAGGUAGUGUUCAGACAAACAGGAUCAAGAGCUAGAAGUAUGAACCCUUCCAGGCUAAUAGGCCUCUUUUUAUGUUUUGAACUACUGGAGCAAUGAACAAUCUGCACAGUCUGGUACUGUGAGACUGGUAGCACUAAAAAUUCUCUUCAUCCCGUGUCAAGAAUUUUAUGCAUUUACUGCUUCUGUCAUCUUUAGUCAUUUUCUUUGUUACUUGAAGUGUAUAGUUUCAGUCAGUGACCUACAUUUUGAGUUCAACAGGUUUAAUUUUCAGCCAGAAACAAUGACCUCAGUUAUCUCCAAUGAAAGUCUCCUAAAUCAUAUUUAACAAGUACUGUUUCUGAUUUUCCUCUAUCCUUUUUCUUUCUUUGCUCUUUCUGUAGAACAAACUGGUGUUUCCUCUGUGCAAAUCUGCUUUCAAGAAACACUCUCUAAUGCUCACUUCCUUGUAAGUGGCCAAAUCAGGGCUAGGUCUGGUUUUCAGUUAGCUUUCCCCCGUAGAAAGAUAGGCAAAACAAUCCUUGUGUGAAUUAUGUACAUGCUCUAUGAAGUCAAGUUGGCUGUUAGGUAGGUAAAUAUCAAUGUUAGUAUCUACUUAAAACCUGAACGUAAGCAUUUGGCCUAAAAUGUCUUUCCAAAUUUGUCAGAGGUGCAGAUUACCCAGCAUUCCCACGUCCUCUGCCUGUAAUUAUAAAAUAGGCAUAGCCAACAGCAUUCUAUAUUAAGCCCUUUUUGACACAUUUAUUUCUUUAAAGGAAGAAAAGGUUUUUUUCCACAUAAGCAACUCUUACUAUCUGGAGUCAUCCUCUUAAUUUUGAUGUAAGUUUUUGUCCGUGUAUGGUUAAAUACUGGCUAAUCAGCUUGGUUAGAUGUAUUACAAAGCACGCAACUGUUAACUUUUGCAGUCGAACCACGAGGUGGCACACGGCAGUUUACGAACGGUUGAACCGUAGUUGUGAUAGGAACUCGUUUGACUGCAACGAUUCUGUCUAAGUGACUUUAAGAAUGACAGCCAACUUGCACUUCUGUUUUCUCUGCUACAUUUAUGUUACCUGGCACUAAUUCAACUAUUAGCUGUGUCCUUGUCUUGUUUCGUUAGUCCAGUGUUUUAUUUUGGGGUGCAAAAAUAUCUGAAGGAGUAAUCUGAUUUCAGUCAAUUUCAGCCUGGUGAUUAGAAUUGGUUCAUGACUAUAGUCAUUAUUAGAUACCUCUGGGAGGACAUUAGCUAGAAAUAUCUGAAGUCAGAGCUGCAGCCUUUAGUGGAAGACCUGGCCAAGACAUUGUUAGUUGUAUUUUGAAUGGACCAGGGAGGCAGAGAAAAAUUUUCCCUUUUGUGUUCUAAAAAAAGAAAACCCAAAACACCAAAACAAAUAGCUUACUUACUAAUUUACUUUUCAAUAAAAGAAAAAUCCUACUUACUAGGAAGUGUCGUUCACAAUAUUCUGGGCGAUUUUCGCAUUGAACAGUGGGAUAUUAUUAAAAUGGCCUGAGACAAACAGAGAUUGUAGAGUAAGUCGUGAAAUUUUCUGUAAACCAAAGAGAAGAGAAUUUUAAGAUGUGUAAUGGGGAGCACCACAGCUGAAAGUAUUUUACCAUUUAACAUGUAGCAAGCACUUUUAAGUUUCAAAGAAUGUCCUCAUAGUAGUAUCACUUUGAAAUACAUUAUGUGUGUGGGUGCGGGUGUGUGUACAUGUACUUCCCAUUGCAGACUUGAAUGUGGGUCAGUUAGAACCAUCCCCUACAUAAAACACUGGUGUAUAUAUUUUUAAAGAGUUAAUAUGGCUAUAAAUUUUAUACCAGUAGCAGUGACAAAUUUCUUGUGUGUAGUUAACAAAUUAUUUGUAAUGUAUUUUUUAGAAAUCUUAAAAUUGCCUUUGCACUGAAAUAUUUUUCAUACUGUAGCUAUUUAUAAAUCUGUUUUACGCAUACAUUUGUUAACACACCAUUUCUAUUUUUUUUUUUAAGUAUAUGUUUUGAAGGCUUUUUUUAUACCUAUGAGUUUUUGGCCACUUCGAUUUAGCUUAGCGUGGAGUUGUGGCUGAAUGUUAAAAUACUAAUGAAUGUCACACUAGAAAUGCAGGUCUGCUGCUCAGUCUCACCCAAGCUAUUGAUGUUCCGUUGGAGUUUCCGUGGAGAGGAAAGCGCUGUACUUCCAGCGCUGUGCUAUUACUGCUGGCUUUUUUACUCUCUGAAGCCUCCUGCUUUUUUACUUAUCUGAGUUCCAUCUUUUAGCCUUAAAUGAGAUUUUUUGCUUAAUGUUUUUGAAAAUGCUGCAUUCCUGUUCUGCCUACUAAUAAAGCAGUUCAUUGCAAACUUCAUGUAGCCCUGCACUUCAAAACUACUGACAUGAGUCAGGCUGAAACACCUCUAUAAGUGGUUGGGAAAUUUCAGUUAAGCACAUCAUUUUGGGGAGGAGAAAGAAUGCUUGAAUUUAAGUGGCAGUUUCUGCUUUGAUUUAGCAAUACUUUUACAUUGAAAAGUUGGUAGAGUUUGCUUGUUAAAGUAGACCAGUCAGUGAAAAAAAACCCAUGCAACAUCGACUGGGUUUCACUUGAGGUGCUUUUGCUUCAGUCUUUGUUACUAUUGCCACACAGAGUCCACUGCAGCAGCAGGUGUUACCUGGGAGUUCCGUUGUAAAUGGAUCAGAUGAUAUAAAGAUGAAAAAAUAGAAGUAGCUCAAACUGUGCUAGAAUGUUUUAUUAUGGCUGAGACCCUGAAAAGAGACAGAUUUUUAUGUGUUAAAAUUAAUUAAAAAAUUAAAGGGGAAAAGUAUAAAAACCUAUAUAACUUCCUAACUUGCCUUGUUUAAACUGUUGCAGCUUUAACAGCGUAGUGUCUCCAUAACUGCUUCUGUAACUGUCUUGAAGCUGGUAAGCGCUAACCAAAUGUACGUGACGACUUAGUGUUUCAAGCUUUUUGGCCACUGAAGUUCAUAUAUUCCUACAGUGGCUUGUGGCAAAAGACCUUUUUUGUUUCACCAUGAAUGAUAAUUGUUUAUUCAGCCACUUAAUGUAAAAGCUUCCAGUUUACUUUCUUGCUUGCAUUAGCCUGUUUGUCUUGACCCAACUGGCUUGCAAAUGUGAAAGGAAACAAAAAAUCUGUUAGUGGAGCAACUGCACUACUUUUCUUUUGGAAGCCAGUGGGACCAUUGUGCUCAUGCUACUGUCUGAUAAAAAAGCUUUAAUGGAAAUUUGUGAAAGUAUUAUGAAAGUGAAAAGUACGUGAUUCUACUUUGCAGACUAAUCUAAGAAUCCAUUUAUAGAGCUUUAAUUUUUUACCUUCUGAAAACUCACAGAGUUUUAACCGGUGUUGUCUCCAACACACAUUCUGUGUUGUGUACACUCUGCAUUUUAGAUGUCCUUUCAUGACCUAAUGUAAAGUAGAAUCAGUGGAAGCUGCUGUAUGGGAGCUGGAGGGUAGUUCUCUGUGCAUUAAACAUUACAGAUGUCUGUAGUCGCCAGCACCAAAUACUGACACUUAUUUUUAAUUGUACAAUUAUAGGUGCAUUUAUUUGAAAAUAAAUUAGUCUUCAAAUCAAAUGUUUAGAUUGUCCUCUACCACCUGGUUUAUUUGAUUUGAAGAGUCAGUGUGUGAAGACAUUACUGUAAAGUUUCUUUUCAGUGCUAUUUUUAACAUUUAUUUCUGUAGAUAACCAAAUAUAACUUGUUUAUACUCAGUCACAUUUUGGAUCCUUAUGUAGAAUAUAUGAGCAGGAGACAUGAAUCUGCUUGCAAUAAAUACAUUCAAGACUGGUUUAAGUUUGCUCUUGAGUAAUUAAAAUCUAGUAUAAAUAUGAGAUGGUUUCAUAUUAGUCUGUAAUAAAAAGUAAGUACAUAACAGAAAA